AAACAAAUUUAUCGUUUGCAUGGGAUAAAUUAGUUUAUAAUCCAACGUAUGCGGGGGUCGUCCAUUAACUAGCGCGCAAGAGAAAAAGCAGCAGAUGUACAGCCGCCCUACUGGCACCAGAGACCGAGAAGAUGACACAAUACGGGUGAGUACAAGUCCAGCACCAGUUCAUGUCAAUCAAUCUGACUUUCCGGCCAAUGGCAACGUUGGCUCAUGUCACGUGACAUAAACACUGAAGAAGAACCCUAGGCAGAAUAUUCCCAGUUUCCGUGGAGCCUGCACGUGAAGUUCUCAAAGAAAAGAGACGUAGAAUACAAAAGACAAAGUUAAGGAUAUGGAGGCUGAAAAACACCGCGUCCUCAUACUGGGCCACAGCUUCAUUAAGCGACUGGAGGCCCUUACAACCGACCACUCCUUAGGCCUGGACAUAGACACACACUUUCACUCUAAAGGGGGAGCAACAGUCACUGGAUACCUCCGGGAACUCAACCAACACACAUCUUUCCUCUCUUAUUACCUGAUCCAAUGUCACAUCUUGUAUGUCCAACUCGGGGAAAACGAUGUAAAUCUCCAGAAUGACCCACAACACAUAGUUGAUGACAUCCUGCGCUUCAUCCACAGAUGCCAAGCAAUAAACCCUAGCCUGAGGAUUCUGUGGGGUCAACUUUUUCACAGACGCAGAAACAAGACCGGGCAUAUCACAACGUUGCAACAAGAAGAACAAUUCAAUUGCCAAAUUGAUGUCAUCAAUGCCACCCUUAAGCACAAGCUUUCAGGAUCUGCCCGUUACUGGAAACAUAUAGGGGCCUCUACCAAUGGGCUGCGCAUGCUUACCUUUGAUGGAACACACCUGAAUGAGUGGGGAUUGUCCAAAUUUUUUCGUUCCGUUAGGGGUGCAAUCCUGUAUGAAUACAAACGUAAUGGACCCACCACCAGGAAUCCCUUCACUGGUUUCCAACAACACAGGGGGUGUACUCGGGCUCCCCCUAGAUCACGCACUGUACACAGCGCAGAACGAAGGCCAUACAACCAGGAUAGGUCACGACACCCUGGGUGCUCAAGUUACCGUCGCAGCCACACCAGAGAGCAUGGGCGCACACAGCACUCCCACAGCUGGCGCCAGUAUAACACAGCCCCCCACAACUUUAGGCAUCCAAGCCACAGUCGUGGGAAAUCAAGCAUUUGUUAGAGGCCCUCAGCCAACUUAUGUGGUGGGAAACUCGGGUCCCUCCACAUCUGCCACACCACAGCAGCCAGUCAUGUUUUUCUACGGCCAACCCACCGGAUUGGCACCAACUACCGCAACAGGUGAGUCCAUGACUACCCACAUAGAUAGCCAUUUGAGUCAGUCAAUUCGCCAAAAAAUUUGGGACAAUGAAUAUGUGUCCUUCAAGGACCUCAUCCCUAGAAAUUCCAACACCUUGGGUCUCCAGGAUGCUUCAACGGACGAGCAGUUCGUACAGAAGCGCAAACAGGACGCGGAGGGUAACAUCCACAUGAUUCUGGAACCAGUCCAAAAAAAAAGUGCCCCCAUCACCUUCCUGCAGUGGCAGGCAGCUUUUACCAUCUUCUCAGCUGUAUAUUUACGAAAGCAUACUCACCAAGCUGUACCACUGACACAAUAUAACAAUAGAAUUCUGGAAAUGUAUGCCAAUAAUACCUCAAAUUGGCGUACAUACGACGAACGAUUCCGCUCCAACUACAAUUCAUUAGCAUACAGCUGGGACAAACCGGACCCUAUUCUCUUAGCAGAUAUUAGUUUCAUACAGCGUCCCAAAGGGGAACAGCCCUUUCGCGCUCAGCGAAAGCCAUGCUUUCGCUGGAAUAAUGGCCGAUACUGUGACACAUCAGCAUGCACCUUCACACACUCAUGCUCAUCCUGCAAAGGGCCACAUGCUGCAACAGUCUGCCCUCGCUCCACUCAACAAUGGGGGAACUCGGGCCCCCAAACAGCGCCACAUCAGUCGUACUCCAACAGGAAACGACCCUUCAAAGCCACCAGAAAAUUUUAGACCUUUUUUACAAGACUGGAUUCAGGCCAACAAACCAUACGUGCAAUUUUUAGGUGGCAUAGUAACUCCAAUACGGCCAGAUAACUUGGCUUUAUGGCUAACGGGGUUCAACCCGGCGUCAACACAAUACCUAGUUGAGGGAUUUUCCAAUGGCUUUAUAAUACCUUUUGAGGGCGCAUCACUUCCACAAACACUAAAAAAUUUGCAAUCUGCGGAUGACUGGCCUCGCGAACUAGACGAAAAAAUCGAGGCAGAAUGCAAAGCACAACGUAUGGCAGGCCCCUUUACGUCCUCACCACUACCAUUCUAUUCAAUUGCCCCUAUAGGGAUAGUUCCAAAGAAAACCCCAGGAAAAUUUAGGUUUAUACAUCACCUAUCUUACCCAACAAACAGCUCAAUCAACGAUGGCAUUCGGGAAGAAUUCUCCACAGUCCAGUACAGUUCAGUAGCUGAUGCCAUCUCCAUCCUGAAACAACUCAAACCAGGCAGCUUUAUGGCCAAGACAGACAUUCUCAAUGCCUUUCGACAGGUGCCCAUCCACCCGGAUUAUCGUUUCCUCCUCGGUAUAUCACUGAACAAUAAGUUGUACUUUGACAAAACACUUCCCAUGGGCCUAUCUUGCUCUUGUGCCAUCUUUGAACAAUUUUCGUCAGCAGUGGAGUGGAUUGCAAAACACAAACUGAACAUUAGAAAUAUCAUCCACCUUUUAGAUGAUUUCUUCAUCGCUGCUGAGACCUUUGACGAAUGCCAACACUAUCUUAAUCAUUUCUUAAAAAUGUGCGAGAGCAUUGGCCUGCCAAUAUCUAAGGAGAAAACAACUGUGCCGUCCACAACAAUGUCAUUUGCUGGCAUAGAGCUUGAUUCUAUAAAGCAAGAGGCACGUUUGCCAAUGGAUAAGGUGAACAAAUGUCUGGACACUAUUUUAACACACCAGACUAAGAAGAAAAUAACAUUAAAAGACCUUCAAUCAAUCAUAGGUAUCCUAAACUUCUGCUGUAUCAUUAUUCCCGUAGGUCGUGCCUUCCUAAGGCGACUAAUUGACUUAACCAAAGGAAUAGCCAAACCUACUCAUAAAAUACGUUUAAACAUCCAAUCCCGCCAGGAUCUCACAAUGUGGGCAUCUUUCCUGCGUUGUUUUAAUGGCAAGGCCUUCAUGCACGACGACCAAUGGAACGGCCCCUUCCUUUACACAGACGCAUCUUCUUCCUUCGGGUAUGGAGCAGUUUCUGGCUCCUCAUGGCUCUUUGGCCCCUGGGCACCAGAACACAAGAACAUGAACAUAGCCAUUUUGGAACUCUAUCCAAUCGUCGUAGCUUUCCUGGUCUGGACACCCAUCUAUGCCAACAAAAAGGUCACCAUAUUCUCGGACAAUGAAGCCUUGGUACCAGUACUCAAUAAAUGCACAUCAAAAGAACCAACUAUCCUCAAACUAUUGCGAAUUUUGAUACUCCACUGUUUACAGAAUAACAUACAUUUUAGAGCAUCUCACAUCCCAGGAGUCAACAACAUAGCAGCCGACUCACUCUCUCGUUUUAAC